CCUUUGAAAAUUAUGAUUUUUUUUUUAAUCACUCCCUUGGAGCGAAGGCUCAAAUGUUGCCAUGUUCCCAUUCCAAACAGCCUUCUUUCUCUUGUAUUUUGGGAAAUGUUGUCAAAUGUUUUCCUGUCACUCUUGAAAUGAGACGGUCAUUUCGGGGGCAUCGAUUGCAUAACCGGGGGAAGUUCCUGGCAAUCAUGUGGAGGUUUUCCAAACAUUGGCGGAUGACUUUGACACCAGCGCUUUACGUCGUGCCAGAAGUGCUGGCCGACGAGCUCGGACACGGCGGAUCUCAAAAUGGAGUGGGGCGCUUGUUUCAUGGGGUUUCUGUGUUUGGUGGCCUUUGAGCCCUGGCGACAGUUUGGCAGCAAAACAAAUGGGUUCUGCGACAGGGACAUAUUUGACGAGCGAGAGGGCGACCUGUCCAGCCCGGGGUACCCCCACCGCCCCCCAACCCACGCCGUGUCCUGUCGCUACAACAUCUCGGUGAAAUCCGGCUACUCCAUCUCUCUCAACUUCUCGGACAAGUUCCACAUCGAGAGCGCGGUGCCGCAGCACGACGCAAUCUGCCCAUACCACUGGCUUCGGGUGACCAUCCCGGGCCGUGAGCCCAUCAAGCUGUGCGGCGACAGGAGCCCCGGGGUGAUUGACACCAACUCCAGCAGGGUCAGCCUGGACUACCGCAUGGACGGCAAAGGCCUGAGUCGAGGCUGGAGCCUGCACUUCAGCACGCGCAAAGUCCAAUGUCCGCAUCCAGGCAGGGUCACUAACGGCAGAGGCCCCUCUUCACGGGCGGAAUUCUUCUAUGGGGAUCGUAUUUUCGUGCGAUGUCACCAAGGACACAAAGUGAUGAUGGGUGGUCAACUGCUGGAGAGUUUCUCGACUACGUGCCAAGAGAACGGACAGUGGCGUGACCGCAGUACAAUUGCACUGUAG